AUGUUUCUGGGAUAUGUGGUUUCAAUCGAGGAGAUUGGAGUUGACCCUCGAAAGAUUAAGGCUGUUUUGGAUUGGAAACAGCCUAAAACAGUAUCUGAGAUCCGCAGUUUUCUAGGACAGGCUGGAUAUUAUCGACGACUUCCAGAGCCUGGGAAAGAGUUCACAGUCUACAGCAAUGCAUCACAUGUUGGUUUGGGAUGUGUGUUGAUGCAGGAGAGUAAGGUGGUAGCUUAUGCGUCUCGUCAUCUUAAGACUCAUGAGGCUAAUUAUCCGACGCACGACCUGAAAUGGAUUGAGCUGCUUAAAAACUAUAACUGUACGAUCGAAUACCAUCCGGGUAAGGCCAAUGUGAUGGCCGAUGCACUAAGCCGUAGAGCCAUGACUGAUCCAAGGGCAAUGUUUGCUCGCCUUAGUUUAUUUGAGGAUGGUAGUUUGUUGGCUGAGCUUCAAGUUAAACCAACGUAG